GUCCAGUGAUUUCGGAUCCCCUUCGCUCUGUAUAUACCUGACAAAUGAUUUGGGUUUUGUUUGGAAACAUACAUAGAAACGGAAAUCUAUGUUGAUAUUCGCGACUUCCCUACCAUGUUGGAUGUAGGAAAAUAGGACAUAUUCAUAUACUGACUGGUUAUACAUGGUAGAAAUAUACUAGACAACAAUCUUUUUGUUUGACGAAAUCAUGUCCUCUUCGAAUACGAAUCCAUUUGGGGAACAGACGUACCAGUUAAAAGAUGAUAUGGCUGCAGAUUUCUCCGAGGCCUUUGAAAUGUACGCAAAGGGGCGGGGCUUUAUUCAUCAAGAUAUUCUGAAAGAAUUAUUAGAACUAGUGGAGCAGCCCAUGCCAGAGGACGAGAUUAAAGAUAUCAUUGAGACGAUGUGCAAAGGUAGCAGUAGAUUAGACUUAGAAGCCUUCUUACAAAUCAUGACCCACAAAAUGCGGUCAACUGACCCCAUAGAACAGCUGCGCGAUGCCUUCAAGGAGAUAGACGCGGACGGGAGCGGAUCCAUUGAUCGAUCGGAACUCAAAGAGAUGAUGAUGUCUAUGAUGUCUAACGACUACACAGAGGAGGAGAUCGAUGCGAUGAUUGACAAGGCCGAUCUGGACGGCGACGGAGAAAUCGACUUCGAAGGCAAGUCGUUGAUUACUUUCUCUGGUUUUAUGGUUCCGUCUUUUACACAUUAACACAUUUUCAAUAUCAUCAAUGAAUUCAUGACUGUUUCUCCAUAGACUAUGAAUCACUUGGAGGAUGUAUUACAUAUUGAUACGAAUUUUAUUCUGACUUAAAAACACAGAACUGGAGACAAGCAUCCAAUAAUAGUACUACUAUCAGAUUUUUCACCAUUAAAGUCCAUUUUGAAACUGAUGCUUUUAAAAAAAAAUUAAAUCCCUUAGACAGAUGUACCAUAUUACAAGUACAUGCGAAAAGAAAUUGACUAAAUGAAAAUCCGUGACUUUGUUUGAUUUGAGUAUUCGGGACGAUUAUUGACUCAAUCUGAAAAAAUUUCUUGUCAAUAAAUGUUAAACCUCAUUUCAUUUGUAAACCUAUCCGGUAUACAUCAUUUAACACAGUGCAAUCCGGGUAUGAUAAAACCUCUACGGGUGUGUGUAUGUAAUUCAAAAAAAAAAAAUGAGCUUGACAUGUAUGUAAAUGCAUGCAUAAUGUGGAGGUGAAUCGCCAUAGAAAAGAAUUGAUAACAGAUUUCACGUUUAAAAACCGCUCAUUGCUAUUCAUCGUAGCGUUAACCCUUGAAGCCAGACUUUGUGAUGAGUAAAUGGCUUUUAUGCAUGUGGCAUCAUAUCAACACCUAUUAUCGUAUGGAGGAAUUUAUAAUCUCUUCAAUAAAGCUUUGACACCAUUUUCGGCCCUUUAAAUUCCUACGUAACAAUUGAGGGAGAAAAAAACCCUCAAGAGAGCAGUAUUUUCAUUCUAGCUAGAUAUACAACUUCAAGAGAAUAAGUUUCCUUAUUGAGUGUGUUUUGCUAGAAUAUUAUUAAUCAAUUCUCGUGACUACAUUCAAGAAACAGUUUUAAAUUGUGUUUGACGAAUGACGAUUUGAAGUUUUCGGAGUCGCUAUUUAUUUUUUUUGGGUGCUACUGUAACUUCUAUUUUGUACAACAAGCGACCUUGAGAUAUUCAUGUUACAGUGGUUUUAGCGCUCCGUUAGAAUAUAACGUCUUUGGAUCGUGAGAUCAGAUAUUAUACUUGUACGGACAUUGUAUAUAUAGAACAUUGUGAUGACCCCCUCUCCCUAGCUCUUCUUAUUUAUGAGAUAGUCUCUUCCAAAUGUAUACGAUAAAACAAAUAGAUAAAUAUUGUACCCAUGGCAACGUGACCAAGCCGUUACUAUGGAAAUCGAUGUUCCGUAAUCCAAUAGGCAAUUAUUGGAAAGUAAUUAAUCAUUUCAUUGAUUAAAAUCGGGAUUUGCCCAUAUAAGGACCGACAAGCCAAUGUGACACUGCGUGGUUUGUAAAAUUCGUGGAAAAAUUCCCAGCUCUAUCGUAAAAAAGUGCGUGGUAAAAAAAUAUCCCUAGAUUGGAAAAAAAAUCGGAAGUAAUUGUUCACGAGAUAAGUCGAUCUUAGCUAUUCAGUUUAUAUAUGUCUCUCCUCUGUAAUAGAUAAGUACUGUUAAUUUGCUUUAGCUAACACGAUCUGCUUGUAAAAAAAAUAAUAACACUUAAGUUCGAGAAUAUAUUCAAUAUAUACGGAGAUACUUGAUGAAAUGUCAAGUGUCAAUCAAAAUCGACAAGAACGUGGUGUUCAAUACGAACUUGGCGUGUAAUUUUUCCUUAUUCUUAAAAAAAGGUUUUAAAGUUUUCUAGGGCAUGCAUGUACAUAUACGAGCAUAGGCAAGGUCAUCUACGAUAGCAUCUUAAUUUUUCCCUGUUGCACAAAUUGAAGUACUGUCAAAAAUAUAAUAUUCUAUAUAUUAAAGAUAAUGGAAUAUCAAAUAUAUCUCCUCAAUUUUUUGAAUUUUUUUUUUAAUAUGUAUUAUAUUGUUUCGUCUCAAUUUCUGACAUAUUUGAUAUUAUUUUCAUGUAGAUUUUAAUAAUGCAAGUCUAGGUUAACACAUUUUUACGUCAUACUGAUAAUAAUUAAAAAAGUAUAUUAUUUUCUCAUGUAACAUUAUCUCCAAUGUUUAAUUUUUUGUCUCUGAUAUGAAAAUUAAUUUUCUUGUCAAAAUACAAAGUCUAGACAAGUAAAAAAAUCUUCUUUUUUUGUAGAAUUUGUAGCCAUGAUGAAUGACGCCAAUCCUUGAAUCUGGAUCAUCGAUGCGCUUGUAGCAAAACAUUGCAAUAGAGAAUCCUUUCUGUAUGAAUUCGAACGAGAACUUGUGAAAAUGAGAGAUUUAAUUGUUAUGUGAAUGAAACUUGUAUGUGAAUAAAUGAUUCCGUCCAUUCUGUGUAUAA